AUGACUCAAACGCAGGCAGUUCUGGCUGCACUGCUCUUCUUCCUAAUGAGUCUGGUUGAAGGAGCAGCUUACAACAUGGUGAGCGUGGAGGCUGGUCAUGAGGCUGUGUUGAGUUGCCCUUAUACCUUCGAGGUGCCUUUGCUGAUGGUAAUAUGGAAGAUGAAAUGCAGCACUUGCUGCUUGUUUGCCUAUAGAAGUGAUCGCAUUGAGACAAGGAAGUUAAACUGCAGCGAGAGGGUGAUGUGGAAAUACUCACCUGACAGUGACCCUGCUCUUCGUAUUUACCCUGUGAACCUUGGUGAUGAGGGAAAUUACACCUGUGAAGUUGUCAGCAGUGCAGGGAAUUUUCUUUUCUUCUCUUCUCUGACUGUGAUAGUCCCUCCUACUGUGACUCUGACCAGUGAUACGAGCAGGGUGGCUGCAUGUCAUGCAUCUGUUGGAAAGCCAGCUGCUGACAUCUCCUGGAUCCCUGCAAGUAAUCACAGCACUGAGGAAGAAGUCCAUCACCUCAAUGGAACAGUGACCAGAGUGAGCUACAUAGGCUGGGUCAACAGCAUGCUUCCCACCGUCACCUGCCUGGUUACCCACCCAGCUAUAAACCAGACUCUCUUCUUAGACCUGUCAUACACUCGCUCCAGCCUUCCUUAUCUCCUGAUGGGAGGAUCAGCAGGUGUUGCUGCUGUCAGUGGUGUGACUUUAUGCUUGAUUUUCAGAUGCAGAGACCAAGACCUUCAGGUCCGUACCAUCACUUGCGAAACCAGAUGUGAUUGA